GUUUGUUAUAUUGUUCAUUUUGCACCCGAAAACUGGACGGACACCGUCAACAGCCUCCAUCCUGUCCAGACACACCUAGGCAUCGAGGAGAUGUCCCUACUGGAGAACCCUCAAACCCCUACAAAAAAAGGCCGCAAGCGACGCACGGUUGAGGAAGAGGACGGGGAAUAUGCCGAUUCCGAUGAAGAAGUUGUUGUUACCCCUAGGACUCCAUCUCCCAGAAAGCGCAGGAAGGCUCAGCCCACCGAUACUUCUCCGAGCAGCCCUCGUAAGAAACUUGCCAAAGGUGAAGUGGCGUGGUGCGAUAUCCCUGAAUGGCACCACGAUCGUUCUCCUUUUCUCAGCCUACCUGUCGAAAUACUCGAUAAAGUGAGAUAUCCUCCUUCAACCCAGGCUUCAAUAGUACUAGUCGGAGCCCCAUCUCUUUCUAUACAGAUUACGAGUAGGGAAAAUGGCCUCGAGAUCACGGACUAUCUCGCGCUGUCCGGAGUAAAUAGGCAAAUACGAAGUCUCUUCACCCCGGAAGUUUGGAAAAAACUGUAUGGACGAAGGUUGGAUUUGGAUAUUAAUGAGGACGUUCCCCACUUGUGGAGUGCAGGCUGGCUUGCCAGCAGGCGGAUCCGAAGGCCAAUGGGGUUCUUCAACAGCAGUUGUCAUCAUAAAGACCUGCUAUCGAAUCAGCUUCAGCUGGUUGAGUGGGAAGAUGGAGAAAAGCAUCAUUUGAUCAAGCACACCCCAUAUACAAUCGUCAUGUCGGCGGCUCUAAGAAAGUACAAGAUUAGCAAUAAGCUCGUUCCUGCAUUGAAAGCGCUUCACCACAAGCGAUCUUAUAACUGGAACGAUCCCAUCGGGAACAACAAGGACUGCUACGUCUUCCUUGAGCCUACUGUGCGGAGGUUUGCCUUCAUGGCCCAUGGCGGCGUUUGGGAACAUGAGCAACAUGUCAAGAAACUCAAUGAAAGGGCUAUUGCGAGGAUUGAAAAUUCCAUGAACAAAAACCAGGAUCCACCCGAGGAUGCUGAGGCUUGACGAGAAAUUGCGUAUCGCAUGUCGCACUGUUUCCAUUAGCAAACUUUCUUGGUCCCCGUGUAUCUUGUUUCUUGCUUAUAUCUUGUGUCUACAAUCAGUUUCACCACAUCUGUAUCCCAUCUGUA